ACACCACUUAGCAACAACUACUAAUGCUCCUCUAAAUGGUCUAAUUAUGGGCAUUUGGUAGUGAAUUAAUGCACGUUACCAAUAUUUGUUGGAUUUAGCUGUUGUAGUCUUUCAAAUAAAGCUCGAAAAAAACUGUGUGAACCACAUGAGAAUGGUUCUUGGAUUGCGAAAUUAAGGCUUUUCUCUCAUAGGAAACAAGAGUAAGACGGACACAAAAUGAAAGGUGACUCAAGGAGCCGUUCUUGCUCGGCCAAGAAAUCUGAACAAGGAGACUAUGGCAUCGAAAUCAGCGGUGAGAACCUUGAGGACCUUUUGGCUUACGAUGAGCUCUUCUUGGAUUAUUUCAAUGCUUUUCUGGAGUUACCGACCUUUCCACAACCAUUGAAGUAUGACCGCCUCACGGGGACGUUCCGAGAGGUGCCAGGCUCAAACUUCAGCGUCACCAGCUCAGGCUCAGACUCCCCUCCCUAUGGUGCUACGGAUGAUGAGAGAGAAAGGCAGCUGGAUUGGGCCAAGAGGGAACGUCUGCCUCUCUUUCUCAGAACCCGUCUCUUUCGAGAAAUGAAGCUAUGCAAACUUCUCUUGCGACCGUUAGAUGAUCGUUACUCCGCUGGUGGAGGCAGCAGUCGACUGCUGCGUGGCUACAGCCGUCAGACGGAGAGUUACGUCUCGAGCCUGAGUAACUCGGCUGAUAACAGUGCUAAUGAGGACGGUGAUUAUGACGAUGAGAAUUACAUGUGGGGCGACCUACAAAGGUCAGAGUUGUACCGGUAUAAUCGGCCAGGGAGCCGGGCACUCAGUUUGCCACCAAUGAGGCGAGUUAUCCAUAUGAGCCCAUCGGAAGUGACCACGACAUCAGAUGCACGCACCUCCAGGAGUACGAUCAGUCCGGAGAAGAAUCCUUCCACCACCCACACUGGUGCUAGUCGCAAGAAGACGCUACGUAACGCAUCAAGCAAAAGCACUGGUUCUGAUGUGAUAAUGCGGAACAAAACUCAGGUGACUGCCACACAGAAUGACACUGGUGUGGCUUUGGGGACCAACCGUGAUGUUACGUUUACAACCCGCCAUGACACUCUCACGUCUAUUCAUGAAAACGUUCCAGUGAGUGUCUCAUUCUCACGGGAGAAUACCAAGGAGAAGUUACAGUCACAGUCGAAGGCCUCUAUUAAGAAGAAGAAGACAAACAAACCAUCUGAUGGGUCGUCUGUUACAUUCAAAGAUGUCAAAGAUGAGGUGAAAAGAGCGUAUUCUGCCCCAAUCAACUAUCAGGAAUUCCUGAAGAUCCCAAUGUACGGAGACUUCGACAUGAUGUUUGGUGAGGCAGAGCCAGAAGACACUGGGCGGGUAUAUGUGGCAUUCGAGGAUGAGGCCAGCGAGGAGAGGACGUACUCUGACAUGAAGACGUUGGAGGGGAAGCAUAAAAUGACGUACCAGGAGAUGAAGGAAAGUGUACUUGGAUCGAAUCUAGGUAUCGAGGAGUUCAUCUCAUUCCUCUCAGACACGGCUGGGAUCCAUCUGACAAACUUCUGGUUGGACUGUGAAUACUUCAAGGAUAGUAUGCAAGACUUUGAUGAAGUCCAGAGUUUAUCGGCUAGAAACAAACUCUUCAGAGACAUCAAAGACAAGUACAGAUUGAACCUCACCGCCGACGCAAAGGAACAGUUGAUGAAGGCUUCGAGCAAUGUCAACCUCAGUCACACCAUCUUUAUCCGGACGCAAUAUGAUGUGCUUCGGAGGCUGAGGGCGUACUGGGUACCGAGGUUCAUCAUACACAAAGAACGCAUGGAGGGAUUUAGGUGUCAUCAAGAACAGGAGUUCUUGGAUCGCAUCCGAGGAGCUAGUCGAAUGUCCGGUUUCUUCCCAUCAAUUUCAUUAGUCAACUCAAUGCCAGUCAGACCGGAUGAUGUGCUCCAAAUUGCCAAAACAAGGGACUGGGAUUUUGUGUCAAAGGGUGGAAGAAGACUGGAUGAUAGGAUCAAAUCAGCCAAGUCGAGGACGUGCCUUAGGUUGAGGACACCACCAAGCUCACCACUUCGAGAAAAGCUUAUAAAAGCCAUAGUAACAGACAAGGCAGCUGGCGGCGCACUCCAGAAAAGUCUCGAGCAGCUAAAAGACAAGACUCUGGUGUCUAACUUAUUGUUCUGGCAAGAUGUGUACGAGUAUGGUGAGGCGGAGAGUGCUACUGCCGAUCGUCUUCUAAGGCUCAAUAACGCCUGGUAUAUUUAUAAUCAGUAUAUAGCACAAGGAAGUGUCAAUUCUAUAGGUAUAAAGAAAGAGGACCGAGACAAGGUCCACCAGACACUGCUGACGGCAAAAGACUAUGUCUCUGGUGAUCUGUUCGAUGACGCUAAAAACCAUGCAACUGAAAUUCUUGAACCUGCAUGGAUAGGUUACCUGAAGGAGGAUGUGAGAAAAUAUUUGGAAUGCUCAACAUCUCACCGUGACAUGGGGAUGGCACCUCCACCUACUGCCGAUGAUAUAGAGAUCAUCGUGGAAGGAGACCAGAUCAUUGUAAGGAGACCGUAUUACAAGAGGACACGAACGCCUUCAGAAAAGGAAGCUAACCAACGCUUGAUGCGCUCUCUCUCAUUGGCUGAGAGUAUAGACUCGGUCAGGAAAGCCGAACUGAAGAAAAUCCGGGCAGAAAAGCGUAAAAUUAUGGAACGUGAACGGCGUAAGGCCAUCCGGGCAGCCAAGAAGAGGCUGAAGGAGAUGAAGAUGAAGAAAAACAAUCCAGAAAAGGAAGAAUCAAAAGAAGAGAAGAAAACCCUGUGGGAUGCCGACGCUGACCUUUUUGACUCUGAUGUGCCACCCCCUCCAAAACCUAAAAUUAUACGCAGAAAAGUUCGAAAAGUAUUAACACAUUCACCAACCCCAAGGAUAUCUGUUCAAACAGUCCCGCAGAUUAAUGUGACUGAGCCUGAGGAAAUGGCCAGUAGAGAGCAGACAAAUAGUUCCCUCAGAACAGAUGAAAGUUCAAAAGAUUGGAGCGAUGAAGACGACCCAGAGCUAAUUCAGCGUUAUGGAAAGAGAGGCAGUAUCGCGUCAGUGAGGAAAGGCAGCUUACCGAGAGGCUCCGGGAGACGGCAGAGCCUUGCCAAGGGGAAGGGCAAGAGGGAAAGUCUGUCUAAGAGCUCUGCCCUGACUGAGCUUUCCCAGAGGAAAGAAAGCGUGCCUAUAGAAAAACCCAUCAAAGCAUUCCAGAAAAUGCGACCAAAGCGUGGCAUGAAAGUUUACGAGCGAGGCAGAGAAGGAGAGGCAUCGGCAGAGAACCAGGAUGGUGAGACCCCGGGGGAGGAAGGUGAAGGUCGCGGUGACUCAGCCUUAGACAACAUAUCCCCGGGAGGGAUGUUGAUGUCUGGAGGGUCAAGGAGACAUGGUCAGAGCAUCACACCAGAGCAUAAGGAGGUCAAGCCACCAACGUUCGCUGAGGCUGCUCAGAAUAAAGCUCUGAUGACUAUCUUCAAGAAGAAUUGUUUUGAUCAACCUGAUGGCAAAGAUGUGGUGAAUAUGCUGAAUACCUACAACGAGAUCUUGGCGUACCAGGGAAUCUCAGGGACAGGGACAAAACAGAAGAAGGAUGUACAAGCAGGUUUCAUUUAUAAAUCGCACCUUGAUAAAGGGAGCAAGAAAAGCAUUUCAUUGACAGACAAGAUAGAACACAGACUCAACUCUGAGAAGGACCGUCCCAAGUCUCCUACUCUCAAGGAUGUCUUGCAUCACAUCAAACCCCAACUGGAGGAACACUUCAAGAAUUUCUGGGACAAUCAAGCUGAAAAUCUUGGCCUUAAAGGUGCAAAUCUUGCGAAUAUCUCCGCUGCAGAGUUGGCCAUGAAGGGGGAUGUUGAUGUGGGUAAAGGAUGGCGGGGUAGGAGACCAAGAGGAAAGACAAGUACUGUGAGAUUUGAUGUGGAUAUUGAUAAUCAAUACGGCAAUCUCCGCUUACAAGACAAGGAAUCAACCGUGUCCUCACUAAAAGCCCCGGUUGGGGGGUCGCGGCGCAGAGGCCGGGCAAAGAAGACUGGAGGUCGGAGCCAGCCAUCACGCGAUGACAAGAUCGAGUUCCUCCUGAAUCUGCAGCAGUCUGCGAUGGGCCAGCCAACUAUUACCAUGUUCUAUUUCUACAAGUACCUCACCAAGUGGGGAGAGGAGGAUGGCUUCCCACAGCUUGAUAAGGAUCUCUUCUUCUAUCUGGAGGUGCAGAAGUUUAAGGAAUGUAGCCAUGUACAUGCUGAUGAGGAGCUUCUGCGCAGAAAGGUUCAGUCCAUUGCGGACACCUUUCUUGACUCAGCAACACCACCAACCUUGCAGAUUGAUGUACCUGCCGACAUGCAGCAAAAGACACUGAGGUUAUCUCAGCGAUAUGCAGCAGGCAAGGAGGUCAGCCCAAACUUGUUCGACGAGGCACAGUACCUGGUCUUUAAGAACCUCUUGCCUUACUGGGCUGGCUUUAUGAAGGUACACAAGACACCUGAGGAUCAAGCCAAGAAGCCAUUGACGAAAUAUCAGAAAAUGCUGAGGAAGAGACUUGAAAUGUUCGAACAGAUGCACACACCACAGCGUGACUUCUCAUUGCCAGCGGUACCUGGCGCUGGAUCCCAUAUCGCCGCUCUCAGCUUCUCCUUGAAUGAAGGCAUCAAAUGGAAGAUUGAAGAUCUGUCUGAUGACGAGGACCGGAACGCUGAUGAUGAAAGUCAACCAGGUACUCCGACUGAAGGCCUUCCAGAAGGCGGGGCUGCUCACCCGGGGCGGCAGAGUAUAGCUGGUGGACUACUUCGACAGUCAGUGGCACCAGUUGCUGAGGUGUCAUGAGUGUGCGACAUUUGCCGGAGCUUGGAACUCCAGGAGAACAUGGACACUAUUGGGGGAGGGGGGGUCGACAACUUAGUUAAAACGUAAAUGGCGUUGAACUGUUCAUGUGAUUGGUGGAGAAUGAGAUGGCUGAAGAUUUGAUGGUCUUCUUCAGAAUGCCAUCUGGCCAGGCAGGUAAUCUUAGAAGUGGAGGCUUUCAUCGUCUUUGCUAACAUGGUGGAGGUGUCCCUCAAGGGCUGAUACAGUUUACAGGUGACAGCAUCAUCCCUACUGUCUGUCAAUUUGUGCAUCGCCAGAUGGAUGUUGGAGAAAUGACAAGACUUUGCUUUAUAUUUGUGCAGCGGUGUCUGUUUUCUGUGAUAAGUUUAUUUGUCUCUUUGUAAAUAUAUGCUAUUUAUUUUGACCUGUGAUAUUUGGCAGUUCUUCUCGCAGUUGCUUUGUCCUUUGAUUGCUAUAAGGACGGUCAUUUUUGCCAAAUAUUAUGAUACUGGGUCUGGGUCUUCAAAGCAAAGUUUGUCACUGACGCUGACAUCAUCUCCUUCAGUUAUGUCCUUUUAGACUUAUUGCCAAGUUGAUGCCACUGUCUUAAUGUGACAAAGUUGCUUGUUUAACACCUGAGCCCAGCUUUGUAUUUAUAAAAUAGAUCACAUCCUUUUAGGUUGAAUUAAUCAUGUAUAUUCAUAGUGGAUCCUGCUCAGUAUCUUGACGGGGAUUACCAAUCUGCAAAAUCUUGUAAAUUUUCAAUUCUUUUCCAAAUACAUGUAUCAGUGUUUAACAAAAUCCUACUUGACCCUCACCUGAUGAUAUACCUUGUAAAACUAAUAUACCUGUAGUAACACAAUCUCGUUGAGGCAGUACAAGUUGUUGCCUUGAAGUCAAAAUAAAUUUGUAUGUGUUGUAAAUUUGUAAAGAAUUUUUGUAAAUAGCCACUUCUCACAUUCCAUCAUUGUUCCUUUUGGAUGAGAAAUUAAUUGAUCAUGAAAUAAAAAUGAUUCCAGUUUGUAAGAA